AUGGACCGCGCGCGCCUGUGGCUGGGGCUUCUGCUGCCCGUGGUGGCCGCCCUGGAUUUCCAAUACCACCACCAGGAAGGGAUGGAGGCGUUCCUAAAGAGCGUGGCUCAGAACUACAGUUCGAUCACGCACUUGCACAGCAUCGGGAAAUCUGUGAGAGGUAGAAACCUGUGGGUCCUCGUUGUGGGGCAGUCUCCAAGGGAACACAGAGUCGGGAUUCCAGAAUUCAAAUACGUGGCGAAUAUGCACGGGGAUGAGACUGUGGGGCGAGAACUGCUGCUCCACCUGAUCGACUACCUGGUAACCAGUUACAGGAAAGACGCCGAAAUCACGCAUCUGAUCGACAGCACGCGGAUUCACAUCAUGCCUUCCAUGAACCCGGAUGGAUUCGAAGCCGUCACGAAGCCCGACUGUUACUACAGUAAUGGAAGGGAAAACUACAACAGUUAUGACCUGAACAGAAACUUCCCUGAUGCCUUUGAAAAUAAUAACUCAACAAAGCAGCCUGAGACCCUGGCAAUUAUGGCAUGGCUGAAAACAGAGACAUUCGUCCUCUCUGCGAAUCUCCAUGGGGGUGCCCUGGUGGCCAGUUACCCCUUUGAUAAUGGCGUGCAAGCUACGGGGACGCUGUUGUCCCGAAGCUUAACUCCAGAUGACGAUGUUUUCCAACACCUGGCCUACACCUAUGCUUCCCGGAACCCCAACAUGACAAAGGGGGAUCAGUGUAAAAACAAGAGGAACUUCCCCAACGGAAUUAUCAACGGGUACUCCUGGUACCCACUGCAAGGGGGAAUGCAAGAUUACAACUACAUCUGGGCCCAGUGCUUUGAAAUUACCCUGGAGCUGUCGUGCUGCAAAUACCCACGGGAGGAGAAGCUGCCGCUCUUUUGGAAAGAUAACAAAGCCUCUUUGAUCGAAUAUAUAAAACAGGUGCACCUAGGUGUAAAGGGUCAAGUGUUUGAUCAGAGUGGAAAUCCAUUACCGAAUGUAAUUGUGGAAGUCCAAGACAGGAAGCAUAUCUGCCCGUUUAGAACCAACAAGCUGGGAGAAUAUUAUCUGCUUCUCCUGCCUGGGUCCUACGUGAUAAAUGUUACAGUCCCUGGACACGACUCACACCUCACGAAGCUUACUAUUCCAGGGAAAUCCCAGCCCUAUAGUGCUCUUAAAAAAGAUUUUCACCUUCCAUUGCGAUUGCAGCUGGAUUCCAUCUCCGUGUCAAAUCCUUCAUGCCCGAUGAUUCCUCUGUACAAAUACAUGCCCAGCCACUCUGCUGCAACAAAGCCUAGUCUAAUCGUGUUUUUCAUGACUCUUUUGCACAUAUUUUUCAAAUAA